AAAGAACACGUUUAUCUGCUCCAAUGGAAAAGUCUUGAUCUUUGGCAUUCACCUAACCAACCUUCAUCGCAUCUUCCCCCAAACUCAAAAAAAGAUCUCCCCUUUUUAAAAAGGCCUAAUCAAAACCCUAAACCCACAAUCCAAUUUCAUCUCUCUCUCUUCCAAUUUUCUAAUCGAUUAGAAACUGUAUGGAAGCGACAGCGUUAUCAUCUGGGUUCCGUCCUCUUCUAAACCCUAACGCUUACAGAUCUCCAAGGUCAUGUUCCGACAGAAAGUCUCUGUCUUUACCUCGAUUCCAUUCAAAAGAGACACCUUUGAAACCUAAAGCGUCUCUCGCGAUCACCCAACAGCGUGAAUUGAGUUUCAAGACGAACGUGUUCGAGCAAACACACCCUGUUGCUGGAGACCUCUCUUACGAUGACACUUGUGCUAAUGUUGCUGAGGAUAAGAUCGGUGUCUUGCUUUUGAAUCUAGGUGGUCCUGAAACGCUUAAUGAUGUGCAGCCCUUUUUGUAUAAUCUCUUUGCUGACCCGGAUAUUAUACGGCUUCCUAGACCGUUUCAGUUUCUGCAAGGGACUAUAGCAAAGUUUAUAUCUGUAGUACGUGCUCCGAAGUCGAAAGAAGGGUAUGCUGCUAUUGGUGGUGGUUCUCCUUUGCGUAAGAUAACUGAUGAGCAAGCAGAUGCUAUUCAGAUGGCUUUGCAAGCUAAGAAUGUUUCUGCUGAUGUCUAUGUUGGGAUGCGGUAUUGGUUUCCAUUCACUGAGGAGGCUGUUCAACAGAUUAAGAAGGACAAGAUUACAAGACUUGUUGUGCUACCAUUAUACCCUCAGUAUUCUAUCUCCACAACGGGAUCAAGCGUCCGCGUUCUCCAAGACUUAUUCAGGAAAGAUCCCUACCUGGCUAGGGUGCCAGUUGCUAUUAUAGAAUCCUGGUACCAAAGGCGAGGCUAUGUCAAUUCCAUGGCUGACCUCAUUGAGAAGGAGCUUCAAAAUUUCUCUGAUCCUAAGGAGGUUAUGGUAUUCUUCAGUGCCCAUGGUGUUCCAGUUAGCUAUGUAGAGAACUCUGGAGAUCCAUACCAGAAACAGAUGGAAGAGUGCAUUGACUUGAUAAUGGAAGAGCUAAAGUCCCGAGGAGUUCAAAACAACCAUAUAUUAGCAUACCAGGUUUAGUUAUUGUUAUCCGUCAUAAAAGCUGCUUGUACAUUACCUCUUUAUCUCAAGGCCUGUAAUUGAUCUUUGCAGAGUCGUGUUGGGCCUGUUCAAUGGCUGAAGCCGUACACUGAUGAGGUUCUUGUCGACCUUGGUAAGAAAGGUGUCAAGAGUCUACUAGCCGUUCCAGUAAGGUAAGAGAACAUAUAAGAUACUUCCCAAGUCCUCAUCAUCAAAAACAUUGUUGGUUAUUGAUUGGUUUUCUUGUCUUUGGAUUUCAGUUUUGUGAGUGAGCACAUUGAGACUCUUGAAGAGAUAGACAUGGAGUACAGGGAACUAGCUUUGGAGUCAGGGAUAGAAAACUGGGGGCGUGUCCCAGCCCUUGGUCUGACGCCAUCCUUCAUCACCGACUUGGCUGAUGCAGUAAUAGAAUCACUUCCUUCAGCAGAAGCAAUGGUGAACCCAAGUGCGGGGGGUGUCUCAGAAGAUAGCGAGUCAUCAGACGCUUUCAGUUACGUUAUGAAGAUGUUCUUCGGCUCAGUUCUAGCCUUCCUACUGCUUCUCUCCCCAAAGAUGUUCCAUGCCUUCAGGAACCAUCUUAUCUAGAAGAAACCUAUGAUGAAUAGUUGGUUGUGUUGGUUUUUUUUCUUGUUGGAGAAAUGUCUUGGUCAAGUGUAAUGUAUAUAGUCCAAUCUAUUGAACUACUAGCACACCAUCUCUAAUGAGGUGAUGUGGGUAAGUAGUUCACUAAAUUGGACUAUAUACAUUACAUUUGAUUAAGAUAUGAGGAAAAUAAUGAGAAGGGUAUA